AUACGUAACUUCCGGUCAAUGUAGAAUUCUCACAACAUCAAGCUGGAGCUGCGGUUGUAAGCUAACGCUAGCUACAUCUAUUGUUAAUACAUUUUAACAACACAAGCAGGGGAAAAACAUGUCAGAUACGGAGACAAAACCAUCCAGCCAAGACGGAGGGGACAAGAAGGACGGAGAGUACAUUAAAUUAAAAGUGAUUGGUCAGGACAGCAGCGAAAUCCACUUUAAGGUGAAAAUGACGACGCAUCUGAAGAAGCUGAAGGAGUCCUACAGUCAGAGACAGGGCGUCCCAGCGAGCACGCUAAGGUUUCUGUUCGAAGGACAGAGAAUCGCAGACAACCAAACUCCCAAAGAGCUGGGGAUGGAGGACGAGGACGUCAUCGAGGUUUAUCAAGAACAGACUGGCGGACUCUGGAACGAUUAAACCCGUGCAAUUCUCUUUUUUUUUUCUCCUUCAUUUUGUAUUUUAUUUUGUAUGUAUGUACUUAAUUUUUGUUCAGUUUCAAACCAUCUGGAUCAGAACCGACUCUGAUCAGGGCUUCCACGUGCGAGGGUGUGAACAGACUGAGGCGAGGGAGAGGACAGUGGGUCUCGGGGUCUCGGGGUGCAGGGGUGCUCGUGCUGUUGACCCGAGCAAUAACAUGCAACGUGAGUGUUACACCCGAAUAUACAUAGACAAACAUUACUGUGGGUGUUUUGUCCCGUCUCUUUUUGGGGUGUCAGCAGGAACAAAUCAUAUCACAGAACAGUCUGCAUUAAAGUGGUAAUUCACGCAAAAAAGGACAAUGUUACAUCUGAUCUCUUAUCACAGCCGCUGGACAAGUAAAUUAUCACAAUGCCACACAGUGUGCAGCUUUGUGUCGGCUUUCUCCAAAAAGUUAUAAAAUAAAACCAGAAAUAAAUGACAGUCUUCAAACCGCCCCUACUGGAUAAUUUUAGUGAUCUGCACUUGGGGACCAAAAACAUUAAUAUCUACUCUUAUAUCUUCUUGAUUUUUAGCAAUCGCUCUGCACCCGGUCAUGAGAAAGACUGUCUUAACCAGUCCCAAUGGACAUGCGAGUACACAUGGACUCUAGAGUUUUGGGUGCAUUGUGCCUUUAAAUCUGUCUUGGACAAGCAGUGGUGAAAACACUAGCUUCUUCUUCUUCUAUUUCCCUUGUACAGGACAUUAAAAACUGUUUGGCUUGCACCCCUGUUGGUUGUGUAGACUGAGAAGUUUGACAGACUAAGUUUGGCAUCAAAGAUACACAAGGCAGUUCAAUUCCCAUGUCUGGUGUGUGGCGUUCAGGGACUCUCAGAGGGUUCACUUUGACGCUACGUGCUCAUCAACAUCUGGAUUACUGGGCUCAAUGUUCAACAUUUGUUCACAAUCAUGUGUUGCUAAUUGACCUGUAUGGUAAUGAGGUUUUAAACACAUUUUUUUUAAGCUGAUAUUUGUACUUUACUUGUAUGUUGUGUUUAGUAUUAGUGUUUAAAUGCUUUCAUAUGCAUCUCCAGUGUCUUUUCAUUUAUAUUUGAGAGAUUCAGUAAUGAGAUAUCUAAAUAUACUGCAUACCCGAUGAGGAAAUAUAUUGAUCGCUGACAGUCUUUUAAACUCAGUUUGUUCAAGGAAACAUCUCAAAAUGGCCGUCUACAAACAAUGACAUCUGCGCUUGUUUUGGGAAUUAAACUCUAGAUCUGUGUACUGUAGGACGGUCUAAUGAGCAGCCCUCAAACUGGGGCAUCUGGGAAAUUAGUAAAUUAGAGAUAAAUGACAAGAUGUGUGCACGCUGGAUAUCCUGAAGGAUGAAAUGACCAACAACAAACACGUCGCCUGUUGGCAGUCUGCUUAUUUUUGGUUAUUUCAGUCUUCACAGACACCCAUGACGCCCGGUAAAAGCUGCAAUGCAUGAUGGUUGAUCUGCACCUCUGGGACACUUCUGCUUUCAGCCCACA